CCUUCUCCUUCUCCGUCUUCGUCUUCAGCCCGUUUGCCCACCCUCCUCCCGGCCCUGUCAUCAGCAUCAUGAGCCUCGGUCCGUCCCAACCUUUCACAUUGAGAUCGGCUGGCGAUUCCUAGACUUGUCGCGGUUGGAGCAUGUCUCUGCGCGGACCAAAUGUCCGUAGCCUCGAUUCCCGACACCUCGCUUGGCCUCACCUCCUCCGAGAUCCAGAUUCUGCGGCAGCAACAGCAAAUUGCUCUACAAGGUGGUCAUUCCGGCAAUGGGGCGUCCAGGGGCAGGGGCACUGGGCGUACGAGCAACUCCAGCUCGCGCGCAGCCAGUGCCGCCAGCAGCCACGGUCGAUUGCUGCUGGACCCCAUGAGUCUGCGGGCGCUUUCGCAUCAGUUGGACGGGCUUCAGCAGCAGAUUCAGAAUCGCCUCGAAUAUUUGGAGGAUCAAAUGCAACUUUCCAUACAAAAUAGUUAUGACCGGGCCGGAAACGUUAUUCGCAAUGCCGACGCCGAAAUCGCCCGUACUCGUGCGAUACUGACCUCAAUUGACGACUUGGAGAACGAGCUUGCGAAAAUCGGUCACAUCAGAGAAAUCGUGAAAACCUAUCGUGGCCGAAUAGAGGGUUUAGACCAACGCCUUGACCAAGCCGCACGUCGACGACGAUGAGGUAUUAAUACUCAAUAUAUGCACCUGAUUCCAUCAGCUUACGAUCUGCUACCCUGCGAUUUUACGACUGUCCAUCCAAUCCUUCCCAUUUCCCUUGUGAUCUACUCUUUGAAGAACAUAUUCUUACCGGCCCUGGAGGCGCUUUACUUUCGAAUCCGUGCCUCUACCCAGGCACCUGAUUCGCCCAAUGAAUUUUCCCUA